UAAGCCCCACACGCAAAACCAUUUGCUGCCCCCUGUCACCACCCUGCGUCUCCCCAGCAUGCCAUCCAAUGGCCCCGUUGACACCAGCGGCCCCAGUGCAGACCAAGAGACGGCCGACUCUCACAAGCAGGGUGAAGAGGAAUCUGAUGAGAAUUGUAACAAGGAAGAGAAGCCAGAUCCGGGGAUACCCAUGAGGAAAGCGGGGCGCCCCGGUAGGAAACGCAAACAGCCAGUGGCGGAGAGCAACGAAGCCCCCAAAGACACAGCCUCAGCACCGAAGUGCCCCCCGCCUGCCCAUGACACCAGCCCCAUGGAGCAAGUGCCCAACGGAGAAGCGGAGAUGGGCAGCCCAGAGAACAGCAGUACCACUGAUCUAAAGGGCAGGCAGCGUGGUGAGAAUGAAUCCAGCAGCCUCCCGGAUGGGGAGAUGGGUCGGGCCCUGGAAAAUGGACGCUGCACCCCCAAGGACAGCCCUGACCCGCCUGCCAGUGAAGGCAAAGAAGAGAAGGAGGAAAACCACUACAACUCUAUGAAGAUGGAGGGAUCCCGAGGCCGCCUCCGUGGAGGGCUGGGUUGUGAGUCAAACCUGCGCCCCAGGCCAAUGCAGCGUCUGACCUUCCAGGCUGGGGACCCAUACUACAUCAGCAAGAGGAAGCGGGACGAGUGGUUGGCCAGGUGGAAGAGGGAGACUGAUAACCCACCGGCAGCUCAGCUUGACAAGGCUGAGAAAAAAGCCAAGGUCAUUGCUGGGAUGAAUGCAGUGGAGGAGACGCCACGGACUGAGCCCCAGAAGGAAGAAGAGGCCAGCCCACCCGCCUUGCAGCAGCCCACUGACCCUGCCUCUCCCAAUGUGGCGACUACACCGGAACCUGUGGGGCCUGAUGCUCUGGACAAGGGCAUAUCCAAGGCUGCCGACGAUGAGCCAGAAUAUGAGGACGGCCGGGGAUUUGGGAUCGGGGAGCUGGUCUGGGGGAAAUUGCGUGGAUUCUCCUGGUGGCCAGGCCGCAUUGUUUCCUGGUGGAUGACUGGCAGGAGCCGGGCUGCUGAGGGCACCCGCUGGGUCAUGUGGUUCGGCGACGGGAAGUUCUCUGUGGUCUGUGUAGAGAAGCUGCUGCCACUCAGUUCCUUCGCCAGUGCAUUCCACCAGGCUACAUACAACAAGCAGCCCAUGUAUCGGAAGGCCAUUUACGAGGUGCUGCAGGUGGCGAGCAGCAGAGCGGGCAAGAUCUUCCCCUCCUGUCCAGAGAAUGAUGAAACAGAUACAUCCAAAGUAGUGGAGAUGCAGAACAAGCAGAUGAUUGAAUGGGCCUUGGGAGGGUUCCAGCCGUCUGGCCCCAAGGGUCUGGAGCCUCCUGAAGAGGAACGCAACCCCUACAAAGAAGUUUACACGGAGAUGUGGGUGGAGCCAGAAGCUGCUGCCUAUGCCCCUCCUCCGCCAGCCAAAAAACCAAGGAAAAGCACAGAGAAGCCUAAGGUCAAGGAGAUCAUAGAUGAGCGCACCAGAGAGCGUCUUGUUUAUGAGGUCCGACAGAAGUGCAGAAAUAUUGAAGAUAUCUGCAUCUCUUGUGGAAGCCUCAAUGUCACCCUGGAACACCCUCUCUUUAUUGGAGGAAUGUGCCAAAACUGCAAGAACUGCUUUCUGGAAUGCGCCUACCAGUACGAUGAUGACGGCUACCAGUCCUACUGCACCAUCUGCUGUGGAGGCCGUGAAGUCCUCAUGUGUGGAAACAACAAUUGCUGCAGGUGCUUUUGUGUAGAGUGUGUGGACCUGCUGGUGGGCCCUGGUGCAGCUCAGGCAGCAAUCAAGGAGGAUCCCUGGAACUGCUACAUGUGUGGCCACAAGGGCAUCUAUGGCCUGCUCCGACGGCGGGAAGACUGGCCGUCACGCCUCCAGAUGUUUUUCGCCAACAACCAUGACCAAGAGUUUGACCCACCAAAGGUUUACCCUCCAGUCCCUGCUGAAAAGAGGAAGCCCAUCCGGGUGCUCUCGCUUUUCGAUGGCAUUGCCACAGGCCUACUGGUGCUGAAGGACUUAGGCAUCCAGGUGGACCGGUAUAUCGCUUCUGAGGUGUGUGAAGACUCCAUCACGGUUGGGAUGGUCCGACACCAGGGCAAGAUCAUGUAUGUUGGGGACGUCCGCAAUGUCACCCAGAAACAUAUACAGGAGUGGGGCCCCUUUGACCUGGUGAUCGGAGGGAGCCCCUGCAACGAUCUCUCCAUUGUCAAUCCUGCCAGGAAGGGCCUUUAUGAGGGGACAGGGCGGCUCUUCUUUGAGUUCUAUCGUCUUCUGCAUGAGGCCCGGCCCAAGGAGGGAGAUGACCGGCCCUUCUUUUGGCUCUUUGAGAACGUGGUGGCCAUGGGCGUCAGUGACAAAAGAGACAUCUCUCGCUUCCUAGAGUCCAACCCAGUGAUGAUCGAUGCCAAAGAGGUCUCUGCAGCUCACAGGGCCCGGUACUUCUGGGGAAACCUACCCGGCAUGAACAGGCCACUGGCUUCAACUAUGAAUGAUAAGUUGGAACUGCAGGAGUGUCUGGAACAUGGCAGGAUAGCGAAGUUCAGCAAAGUCCGAACAAUCACCACUCGCUCCAAUUCCAUCAAGCAAGGCAAGGAUCAGCACUUCCCUGUCUUCAUGAAUGAGAAGGAAGAUAUCCUGUGGUGCACUGAGAUGGAAAGGGUCUUUGGCUUCCCAGUCCACUACACAGAUGUGUCCAACAUGAGCCGCCUGGCUCGGCAGAGACUGCUGGGUCGCUCCUGGAGCGUGCCGGUGAUCCGCCACCUCUUCGCCCCUCUGAAGGAGUACUUUGCCUGCGUUUAAAGAGACGCACCCACGGAACUGGCAAAGCAGAGGGAGGAGUCUCAAACACAACCAUCCCCAGGAACAGAAGAGAAGUGGCACCAGAACGGAGGAGGUGGCUGGUGGGUGAGAGGGAAGGAGAGGAUG